CAUUCAUCUCGUCCUUGCCUCAGCCUUUCGGUCUCUACACUGCACAAUCCUUGCGCGGCUCUUCACAAGGAGGACAUCUCUCAACCUCACUUAUCAAUGGCGUCGCGAAUCGUGGGAAAUCCCUUGAAACGAGGACUAUAUAGCGUUUGCAAUGGACCACUGAGACUCAGGGCAGGAGUCAGAAGCACCCCCUUCUGCGCCGCACCCGUCCUUCUGCACCAUCGGCUAUCUACCACCGACUCCCAAAGCAAACCGAAACUCCAGGCCAUUACGGCAGCCCAAAAUGACAUGCUUCUGGCUUCCCAGCGCCGCUCCCGCCCUAUCAGUCCUCACCUCUCCAUCUACCAGCCUCAGAUCCACUGGGUUUCAGGUGCCAUCAUGCGCAAUUGUGCCAUCAUUCUCACGGCACCUAUAUACCUCUAUGGGGCAGCAUAUCUCAUCUCGCCGCUAGUGGGCUGGCAUCUUGACACCGCAAGUCUGGUGGAAUGGUUCGGAAGCCUUUCGCUCGGUACCCGUCUGGCGGUCAAGGGUUUCUUUGGGUUUCCCUUUGUCUUCCACAUUGUGCAUGGAUUGAAACAUCUGAUCUGGGAUACCGGUGCCAUGUUGACCAACAGACAGGUGUGGUUGUCAGGCUGGACUGGCUUGGGAAUCAGUGUGCUUGGGACCGUUGGUCUGAUGGUAUGGUAGAAAAGAAGGAAUAUGACGACACGGAUGCAAGCAGAGGAGAGAAGAAGAAAAAGACAUGAGCAUGAGCAUCAUCUUCCACACCUACUUGCCGCAUGCUCCAACUUUUCCCUCCGAGACAGGAGCAGCUGGAGUAUCAAUCUUAUGCUUCUUCUCCCGUGUAUCACAACCCAGCCACAACAGAUCUGGCCUGCUGUAGUGACCACAAAUAUCGAGAAAACUUCUUGCCAUGAUCGACAUGCUCGG